AUGCUUAAAAACUGGGCUUCAGUUCUUGUGCUUAUACAGCUAUGUUAUUAUUUUAGCUGUGGGUCCUGUGGAAAGGUGCUAGUGUGGCCAAUGGGAUACAGUCACUGGAUGAAUGUAAAGGCUAUACUGGACGAACUUGUUCAGAGGGGCCAUGAAGUGACUGUGCUGACAUCUUCAGCUGCCACCCUUGUGGAUCCUAACAAACCAUCUGCUAUUAAUUUUGAGGUUUAUCCAUCAUCUUUUACUAAAGAUGAAUUAGAUUCUUAUUUUAUGGAAUGGAUCACAAAAUGGGCAUUUGAAUUACCAAGGAGUACAUUGUGGGCAUAUGGUCCAAAGAUGCAAAAAACGUAUUACGAAUAUUCUGAUACUAUUCAAAAGCUCUGUGAAGAUGCAAUUUCAAACAAGAAACUUAUAAAGAAACUGAAAGAAUUAAAAUUUGACGUCAUUCUUGGAGAUGCCAUUUCUCCUUGUUGUGAGCUGCUGGCUGAGCUACUUAACCUACCUUUCAUCUACACUCUUCGAUUUACUACAGGCAAUACAUAUGAAAAACUCUGCGGAGGACUUCCAUACCCUCCUUCCUAUGUACCUGUUGUCGUAUCAGAACUUAGUGACAAAAUGACAUUCAUGGAGAGAGUGACAAAUAUGUUGUAUCUCCUACAUUUUGACUUUUUCUUUGAGACUUUUAACAAGAAGAAGUGGGAUCAGUUUUACAGCGAAGCUUUAGGAAAACCCACUACAUUGUGUGAAUUGAUGGGGAAAGCUGAUAUGUGGCUGAUACGAACAUAUUGGGAUUUUGAAUUUCCUCGCCCAUUCUUACCUAAUUUUGAAUUUGUGGGAGGACUCCACUGUAAACCUGCCAAACCUUUGCCUAAGGAAAUGGAAGAGUUUGUCCAGAGCUCUGGAGAAGAUGGUGUCGUGGUUUUUAGUUUGGGGUCAAUGGUCAAAAACCUUCCAGAAGAAAAGGCUAACCUGAUUGCAGCAGCCCUUGCCAAGAUUCCACAGAAGGUUGUGUGGAGAUUUGGAGGCAAGACACCAGAUACAUUGGGACCUAAUACUCGGCUGUAUGAGUGGAUCCCCCAGAAUGAUCUUCUUGGUCACCCAAAAACCAAAGCUUUUAUCACACAUGGUGGAACCAAUGGUGUCUAUGAAGCCAUUUACCAUGGAGUUCCCAUGGUGGGACUCCCCCUGUUUGUUGAUCAACCUGAUAACAUGGCUCACAUGAAAGCCAAGGGAGCAGCUGUCUACUUGAACUUGAACACAAUGUCAAGUACAGAUUUUCUCAAUGCAUUGAACACAGUCAUUAAUGACACUUCCUAUAAAGAGAAUGCUAUGAAAUUAUCAAGAAUUCAUCAUGAUCAGCCAGUGAAGCCUCUAGAUCGAGCUGUCUUCUGGAUUGAGUUUGUCAUGCGUCACAAAGGAGCCAAACACCUUCGGGUUGCAGCCUAUGACCUCACCUGGUUCCAGUACCACUCUUUGGAUGUGAUUGCAUUCCUACUGGCCUGUGUGGCAAUGGCUAUAUUCAUCAUCACAAAAUGUUGUCUGCUUUGUUGUCUGAAGUUUUCUAAGACAGGAAAGAAGAAAAAAAGAGAGUAGCUGCAUCUGAGGUCUGAAUAUUGCGUACUGAUAUAUGGAACUCCAACAGUUUAUUCCAGCAGGAAUAGGCUGCAAUGUCAGA